AAAGAAAAACACGAAAAAAAUGGAGAAAAGCGAAUUGUAAAAGAAGAAGAAGAGUGGAAGAAGAAGAACUGUAAAGAUCUGAGAGCUUUACUAUAUUCGCAUUUGAUCUCUUCUCAAAAAAAAAACUCUUCAAACAAUGGAUCCUUCUUCAAAUUUAAACCCUCUUCGUGAAGAUGCGUCAGAGGAUCAUGUCGAGCCUAUAGAAGCUCCGGCGUCUGUCUUCGCCGCUCGUCCUCUUCGUCCUCCUUCUACGAGUUCGUCGGAGAAGUAUUCGCCUGUAGAAUGGGAAAGCUAUUUUGAUAAAGAAGAUGAUGUUUCAAUCACUGGAUCUGAUGAUGUGUUUCACGUAUAUAUGGCAGGAACAGAAGGACCUGUUGUUUUUUGUCUCCAUGGUGGUGGCUACUCUGGGCUCUCGUUUUCUUUAGUGGCAAGUAAAAUUAAGGAGAAAGCGCGUGUGGUUGCGAUGGACUUGAGAGGGCAUGGUAAAUCGGUUUCAGAGAAUGAACUGGACUUAUCGCUCGAGACAAUGAGCAAUGAUGUUGUGGCUGUGAUUAAGGAAUUGUAUGGAGAUUCUCCUCCAGCUAUUGUGCUGGUUGGUCACAGCAUGGGAGGUUCGGUCGCUGUGCAAGUUGCUGCGAACAAAACAUUGCGUAGUUUGGCUGGCCUUGUCGUUGUGGAUGUUGUUGAGGGCACUGCUAUUGCCUCGUUGAUUCACAUGCAGAAAAUUCUCUCAAACAGAAUGCAGCAUUUUCCUAGCAUACAAAAAGCAAUUGAAUACAGCGUUAGAGGAGGGUCGUUAAGAAACAUUGAUUCCGCUCGUGUCUCCAUCCCCCCAACUCUCAGAUAUGAUGACUCAAAGCAGUGCUACGUUUACCGGACGCGUCUAGAGGAAACAGAGCAAUACUGGAAAGGCUGGUACGACGGUCUCUCAGAGAAGUUCUUGUCAUCUCCUGUUCCAAAGCUCUUGCUAUUAGCUGGAACAGAUAGGUUGGACAGGACCCUCACAAUUGGUCAAAUGCAAGGAAAAUUCCAGAUGAUCGUGGUCAAACACACCGGACAUGCCAUACAGGAAGAUGUACCGGAGGAGUUUGCGAACCUAGUUCUGAAUUUCAUAUCACGUAACAGAAUUGGCCCUCAUGGUGUUGAGAUACCAGGAAUGUGGAAACCUUCACAACAGCCUAAAAAUUGAAUCAGCAGCAACCAGAGACAAUGCCAAAGCCGUCGUGUGAUUUUUUUUGUGACUUGUUCAGCUUUGUUAGCUUAUGAAUAACAAAAAGCAAACUCUAGCUCGUGUUAGGAGUGGGCAAUACAAGAAAACCAUAGUAAAAAUCGAAAAAAAAGCACACGAUCGGAAAAAAAUCACCUUCAAUAUUUUCCGAUCUUUUCAGUUUUACGCCCAAACGCAAAAUCGAAAAAAAAAACUCAAGUUUUUGGA